AUGUCGAUCUCUACCUUUCCUUUUGGUAAAGGCUUUGCUAUCACCAUUUUAGCGCUCAUCUUCGUGGUUGAUUGCGGUGAUUACGACAGGAUCUACGAGGUCCGCGAUGCCAUUCACAGAAUUUUGCGAAGCGUUGAACUACGCGGUGCACGUGUUCUCAUACUGGCCAACAAACAG